AUGCCUAAUUCCUCCCAAAAUAUCGGCGGCCACGCCCAUUCCCCUCACACAUCCACUACAUCAAAGCCUCCUUCGCCAGCUCUGCCUCCACCUACCCAGCAAAUCUCUCCAAUCCCGGCUUUCUAUUUCUACCGCGAGAAUGGCCUCGCCGUCCCUCUUAUCGCUCUUGAUGAGCUUCCAGCCUGGCUUCGAAUAGGACGGGAAGAUUGGUUUAGGCCCGAGUGGCAGCAAUAUAUGAGCCCCGUUAAUGAUCAAUCCACUAUUAGAGUUGGAGAGUAUGAAGUUUUUGCGGAGUGGGGUGGAGCAGUGUAUCAGUUGCCGAUGUGGAGAUUAGUAGGGGGACGGAACUAUGAGGCGGGCGAUGGAGCUGCAGCUGGGGCUGGAUGGGAGGUGGAUGCGAGCGAGAGAAGGGGAGGGGAAGUUAUGUUCCAUCUUGAUCGAGGAAACGGGUAUGACUCUGUGGCUGAUGGCCCGGAAGUUGAUAAUGGAUGUUCUACUGGAGAAGGAAACUCGUCCGGGUACACUGAGGAAGGAGGGACUCGUGACAGGAAUGUCGUUUGGGAUGAAGACGGGGAGCAGAUUGCAGACAGGGAAGUAAACCGGGAGGGAGAAACGAGUAUCUCAUCUUGGUCGUCAUUUGAUGCUCCACAGCCUAUUUUCAACGUUCCCAUUAUACCACGAGCGCCAUUGGGACUGGGUCUAACGAAGUCUGCACCGUCCUAUGUAUUCUGGGGCCUACAUCCUGCAGAUUUCCGAGCGUGGCCGGCUGGCACUGCAGAUGGGAAUAGCUCACUCGCUGGAUAA